GAGGACAAUCCCUCGACACGGAUAAUCCGAUUCAUUGAGCACGUGAACAGCGAACAUGGCGUUUACUUUUCGUUCGUAGACAACCGAAUGGAUUUAUGAUUAUUUUGUGAAUUCCAAACCAACACCUAUGGUGUAAUGAAAUAAUAACGGGAGUAUUCCUACAUGUAAACAGCGGUCGGACAUUGAAAUAGCAGGAAAAUGGCCGCCACCAAAUUAACUCCGUGCUGGUGUGUGUUAUUCAUUCUUUUUGUUGGAAGUCACGGUUUAAAUUUGGCCUGUAUUGAAGUCAAACGAGCUUAUAUUGCUCAGGGUGGCAACGAACAUGACGUUCCGAUUCAGGCGAUCUCUGGGGAACACCUUGAAGUAUGUCCUCAGGGUCACACAUGUUGUACACGCGACAUGGAACAGAAGUUAAAAUCUCUCAGUACCAAGGAGUAUGCUAAAUUAGUAGAUGAAUCAUUUAGAUAUGUAAAAAGUACUUUUGUAUCAAGAACAAGAAAAUUUGAUGAAUUUUUUACAGAGCUUCUUGAUAAUGCAAAAAAGGAUUUGCAUGAAAUGUUUGUAAAGACAUAUGGUCUUUUAUAUCAACAAAACUCAGAUGUGUUUGCAAAUUUAUUCAAGGACCUACGAAGUUACUACAAAGGAACAGAUAUAAGUCUGUUUGAUGCCUUAGACAAUUUCUUCCGUAACUUAUUAAGGAAGAUGUUUAUGUUGCUGAACCCAACAUUGGUGAUCGACGAAUCAUUUCUUCGAUGUGUGACAAGCCAGAUGAACAAAUUGAAACCUUUUGGGGAUACCCCUCAACAGUUAUCAUUAAAAAUAAAAAGGUCGUUCGUAGCAGCACGGACUUUUGUGCAGGGAUUGGCAAUUGGUCGGGAUGUAGUUCUUGAGGUGUUGAAGAUACCUCCCACUGAGGCCUGUACAAAGGCCCUAAUGAAGAUGAUGUAUUGCCCCCAUUGCCGAGGCCUUACACAAACCAAGCCCUGCAACAACUACUGUCUGAAUACAAUGAAGGGAUGUCUUGCUCAUCAUGCUGAACUAAAUCAACUCUGGAAUGACUAUAUUGAGGCUAUGAAACAGCUUGCCACACGUCUUGAAGGCCCCUUCAACAUUGAGUCUGUUGUGGACCCAAUUGAUGUACAGAUCUCAAACGCCAUUAUGACUCUCCAUGACAACGGGGAAGAAAUCAGUGAACAGAUUAAGCAAGGAUGUAGUAUGAGUCAGUUAGGUAGAUCAAAGCGAGCUGCUGAUUCACCACCUGCACAUUCAUCUGGUAACGUUGAUCAUCUCCCAGACAGCUUAAAAGCCAAGAUUCAGGGGCAACUGGCUGCUCUUGGAGGAGAUAAUUUGGAUGGGACAUCCUAUCAACAGAACAACACUGGCACUGGACAUCAGCAGUAUGACUAUGGAAGGUAUGGCAAUCCCAGGAAAAAACAGAAACAGCAUCGUCCCAACACUGCUGCUGGAACUAACCUUGACCGCCUUGUGAAGGAUAUUAAGGAAAAGGUCAAGAUGGCAAAGGACUUCUGGGUACAGCUGCCGUACGCCAUUUGUAAUGAUGAAAACAUUGCUGCUCAGGCAGGCAAUGAUGAGGACUGCUGGAAUGGACAGGACAGAGCAAGGUAUGUUCCUGAAGUACAGAAGGAUGGCAUCAUCAACCAGAUCAAUAACCCCGAGGUGGAGGUUGAUGUUAAUGAGGGAAAUUUUGUCAUUGAACAGCAGAAAAUACAGCUCAAGAUCAUCACCAGUAAACUUAACACUGCAUUCAAUGGAGAGGAGGUGGACUGGAUAGAUACAGAAAUUGAUGUAGGGUACAGUAGUUACUCGAGUGGUAUGGGCAGUGGAGAUGACUACAACAUAGAGGGCAGUGGAGUUGGUAGUGGUGAUGGAGGUAGUGGCUCUGGAGACGGAUGGACUGGUGAUGACGAAGAUGGGGGACCACACAGACCAAAUAAAGGCAGGCGCCCAGGAAAAGGCGGAAACGGUGGUUCAAAAGGAUCAGGCAGGGACAAAUCACAUAUAGACGACAGCUUCUUCAUUGGACCAGAAUACGGUGUCGACACAAAUCCUCGAUACGACAAGCCAACACAAACCAGAGUGACCCCAUCCUCUACAGGAGCAGCCGCACCACAAACAUCAGUGUCUUGGACGUGCUUGUCUUUACUGCUUAUUACAGUGAUAAAAACACUUACAGAUAUUAUGCUUUGAACAUAAGGGGGAAAAAUAGUUAGGAAAUACAAAGACAAGAAAUAUUUGAAGUGAUAUGUACGAUAAGAGAUAUCGUGAUCUAAUAUGUUACGUAGAGAAAUGCUGUUCGAGUCCCGGUCUCAUGGAAACUUGGCAGGGAUAUAUGAAUUACCUUACCAGAUGGGCAUAUCAACUGGUACACUAGCCAAUCAUCUUUGUACAUAGGAUCAUGUGAUAUAUAUGUAUGUUGCAGACAUGUGACAUUGUCAUAUCCACAUCUACAUGGACAUAGUUCCCAUACAGAUGUGAUCACCAUCAUUUAAUAAUAGCCCUUACGUUUUUCUGUUGAAAUUACGAUUUGUCACUGUACAGUGACAGUCACUAUGUUACCAAAAAUGUCAUUGGCCAGUUCAGUUUGUAAUGGUCUAUAUAUAGCACCCAAACAUUUACACAUAAAAAAUAUAUAUAAGAAUAUUUACAUAUAUAUCUUAUUAUGUUAAUAUUGGUUAUCAAGGCAACAGAAAAUUUUGUCCAAGCUUCGGUCAUCAGGCAAGUGUUGAAGUAUAUUGUAACUGUCAAGUUUGAAUUAUUAUUUUUUGUAAAGAGGUGGAAUUUAAGUAUGUAUUAGCAAUGAUUUUAGAUUUUAUAACUGUAUCAAAGAUUAUCUACCUAGAACAAUGCCUGUCGCCAACGAUUGAUGCAAACAACAUCUUGUUGCAACAGGGUCUAUAGCUUCGCAAAGCUCAUUCUCCCUAUGUCAAACCACAAGCUGGCCAGUUGAGUGUUUUAAAGUGAUCACAUCGCAAACUACUGAAAUAGAAUUUACCUCUGAUGAAAAGAGGAUGACUAGUCAUGUGACUAAAAUAAUUCUAUAUAUAGAAUACAGAACAUGUGACCAGUGUACAUCAGGACAUGUAUGUGAAUUCUGUGUUAGUGGUGACUAUUGAAGAGUGUUGAACAUGUCCCAUAACCAGUAUUCUGGACAAGUCAAUCAAAUGAAGGCUCAGUAAUGACAGUUUGGAGAUGUCAUUGUGGAUGUGAAAUUAUUAGAUGUAGAGGAGGCCUAAUUUUGAAGAUAGCAAUUGACUUUCAAGACAUUUGAAUAUGUACAGUGUAUAUAAAGAUAGAUCUGGUCCUGGAAUUAACCUCAUGGAAAAAUAUCAAGGUAAUUCAAUUCAACUCUUGCUUAUGAAUCUUGUUUACAGAAACACUUGACACAUGCCAUUCAUAUCAAGAGUUUGUGCUGCCCUGAUGCUGUAGAGGUUGUGGGCCUUAACAACCAGAUAGGUUGCUAAGGAAUUAUUAGAUGUGUGACGCUAAUACUGUAAGUGCUAGCUGUGUUUAUUAUUAAGGGUAAGUUGUAUUGGGAAGACAUCAUAUGAUGAUAACUAUAGGUGAGAUGGUUGUAUAUAGAGUGUUGUUCAAAUUGUUUCUUUGUGUGUAUAAUUUCAUAACUAUACCAUUUUGCCAAAUUUUUUUCGUACAAAAAUGUGUUAUGAAGUUCAUUUGUAUAAUUAUCCUUAUUUUAAUUAUUAAUGAAAAGCUGAUAAUUUUAAUUAUUAUGUGUACAUGAAGUUUGUAACUUGUCAGUAACAAUACUGAUUUUAUUUAUGUAAUUAAAUACAGUUGUCUACGAGGAAUACCGGUUGUCAAAUACUUUUUUUCGUAGCAUUUCUGCAAAUAUUUUGAUAAUUUUAUUCUGAUGGCUUCUUUACCAGAUUUUAGCCAAAAAACAAUUUCUGUUUUAGAAUAUUUUGUGAUAGUGAGGUAAGACUUGUGAUAAUAACCUAGAUAUUUGAUGUAGGAUGGCAUCAUUCAUACACAAUGUUAGACAAUCAAAGUCACUACCAUAUGUUUAGGACAGAAAACCAAAAUCAUUUAUGAUAUAGAAUUUGAUUUCUGUAAUUAUUCGGUCAACUGAAACAAAAUAAUUUGAUAUUUACCCAAUCAAAACUGGUUUUAUAUAACUGCGUGGAACAUUCUGAUGUGAGGUUUUGAUAUAUAAAUAGGGUUGAUUGUAGGUUUCAUUUUGAUAUAAUAACAUGUUGGAUAUUAGUAAUUCAUCUCCUUUUGCAGAAUUGGUGUGAAAUUGUAAAAUUGAAAAUGAGGCAGACACUGUUCAACAUUUCCUUAUUCAUGUCAUAAGCCUAAAGCAUUGCUAGCCAGAACUAUAUGCAUUAGUAUACAGAUGUGUCCAUCUGCUUCAAAUCAAACUGUUAAUAUUAUCCUCUUUAAUUAACUGGAUCUGGUGACACGUUAAGGGAUAUGUUUUGAUGGCCUAGUUCUGAACGCAGAGGGUGAGAUGCCCUCAAAACUUGCUUCUUUUUUUUUUUUUGAAAAACAUACACAUAUAUUAUAAUUGUUUGGAAUAUUAAAUGGUCUCCAGAGCAUGAUCCCAGAUGUAGGAUGUAGCGUCAUGUUGUAGAAUUGUGACGGAAAAGUUUGAUUUGAAUCAAAUUUGACAGGUGUGUUAUCAUUUCAUCCUAUGUUUUCUCACACUGAAUUAGUAUAUAAGCUCAGGGUCUUUGAAUUUGUUCUCUUUUGUUUUGAAAAUGUUUGGCCGAUUUUGUUUCACAACUUAUUACUUGCAAAGGUACAAUGCAUAUAAACAAAACAGUUGUGCAGUUGGUCAGUGAGACUUCUGUUGUUUACACUAUAUUGACAGUUGAUCUGUUUGUUUCUGUUGUAAAAUGUGGAGUAUUCAGACUUAGAUAUUGAAAGAUACAUCAGUGAAUAUGUUGUACAUUCAUAAACAGACUCUUUCCCUGAGCAAAUGUGACCUGGAAAUGUAGAUUUCUGUUGCUGAUUUUCAUUGUAACUAACACAUGAGGGAUAACACAGCGUUGUAGUAAGAAUCACCCUACGAUGUCUCUUUAGACUGUUUUAGUUGUGAUCAAUGUUGAUCCCAUGAGUACCUGUAUAUAUAUCAGAUAGUAAUCACUGGUAACAAGUUCACCCAUAUCUGUUCAGUAGGUUUCCAGAUCAAUGCUACUUUGUCUUAAAAUAAGCCCACCACCUGGCUUAUGGUAAUCAUUUUGUAAGUUGACUUCUAACAGGACAAAUAUGGUUCUUAACAAAUGAAACAGUGCUUGGAUGGACUUCACAGCCAAUCAAGUUAAUGAAUGAGUGAUGACCUCUGUAGUGUGGGUAGUCACGUUUGCAGAUGUUGACAUUUAUUGCUGGUUUUAAUACUGUCUCCUUACAUAAUCUCUUACUGGGAGGAAAAAAAAUAAACACGUUUUUUUGUCUUUUCUGCAUACAACUUGAAGUUGUCAUUGAAUAUUUAGACCAAUCAAAACAAGGUUUAUUAUAUUCAGAAUAAAAGCUGUGUUUGUAAUGGUUAAUUUGUUUAUUUAUUCCUUUUAGCAUUUUGAGAUGUUUCUAAUGAUCAGUUUCUGGAAGAAGUUUAGUAAAUGAUUUUGAUAUUUAAUUGGUCCCUCUUAGGGAUCUGAAUGGUAUCAACGUGUCAAAUUCAGAAAUCCAGAAAGGAGAGUUUAGGGGUAGGAUGAUUUAGGAAAAAUUAGUGAAAGAAACUGCCUCCGUAUGGAUAAUAUGUGGAAGUCUUUGGCAUAUCCAUGAGGUCAAUUAUGAUAGUAACCUCUAACGGUUAGAUCAAAGUUAAUUUGGCUAUGUGAUGUGCGACAUGUGUUGGAUAUGACCUUACAUAUGACCUUACGUCAGACAGGACUUAUAACUUGUGUGUGAAUUGUAUUGAAGUAUGACGUUGUACACCUUUGUAUCUCACUGAAGUGUUUUUGUGUUGACCACAGCAGGAAACAGGUGUGUUUGUAUUAGCGGUCUGUGUUGACUUGUAGAGAACUUUGCACCUUUUACUACCGUUACAGAUGCAACAUGCACACUGCAGUCUCCUUGGUACAUCAGCAUGAUUUUACUGGUUGUAAUAUUUUGUUUUUUAUCACAAAGUUAUAAAUCUGUCCUAGUGCUUAUUCAGGUAUCUUAAUCAGGAAUAUGUGCAGGUGUCUCAACAUACUCCUACAUCUUCUACAGGUAUCCAAAACUUUCCCAGGUAUAUUUGGUGUUGUAAAGGUAUCUUGCAUCUGUAAGUGAUACAACCUACUUUGGAGUCUUGUGUGUGUCAAAACUUAAAAGAUAUCAGGGUAGUUUCGCUUAUUAACACUGUAAGAAAUUAAAUGUUUUAAGUGUUUUUGAAGCACUUCAUUUUAACAUUGAAUUUCCUUGCAAUAUAUUUGGUAAGGAUGAGAAAUUUUACAAUUUGCACUUUUUUUUCAAUGUAAAAGUUUUAAUAAAUAUACAGGUUUGAAAUUUUGGUAAAGUUUUUUUUUUUUAUUUUUUUUAGAUGUGAUGCAUUUUGUUUUGGGAUAGGAAUUAAUAAUUAGAAAAAAAAUUUUUUUUUGAAAAGGUGCGGGUUUAAAAAAUGUUCCAAGCAGAGGCUAAUACAUUGUCCUAUUUUUUUCUUUGAAAAACUGCUGUUUUUCUUUUUGUUUUAAGGUAUAUAUAUAUAUGAACGGUUGAACUGUGUAAUCAUUCAGCAGAUUAUUGAAAAGUUAUUUUUUAUAGUGCAAAAAUGUUUUUCGUUUCAAUUUUUUUUUGUCAGAAUAUAUCACCCAGUCAGCAUUGAGUUGGUUUCAGAAUCGUGUUAUUUGUGUUUGUUUAUUAUUAUUAUUAGGCCUGUGUGGCUUGUUAAUGAUUCGUUUUAUUGAAACCUAUUUUACUGACUUACAUUUGAGAUAAUAACUGUACUUCUUAAUUAUUCAGUUGUGCUAUAUAUAUGUAUUAUAUAGAUUUAAAAUCAGUUUUCAUGACUGUUUUUAACUAAAAUGCACACACAUUAGACAUUAUUAUUGGAGAAAUUUCCAAAUUUAUUUUAAGUUGAUAAAAAGUAUGGAAAGCAAUAGAUUUUUUUUAAAUUUUGAAACUAGAAUUUUUGUAAAAUUAAAAAAGAUUUUAUUUUAAUCCUUUAAAAGCAUGGCACGCUUUCUUGUGUGUAAUAUGUCGUGUGUUAAUCAUGAAUGUAUGGUUGUAUGUCUUUGUUGAUAUAUUUUUCCAAGCUUUCUAGAUUGUAUUUAUAAUCAAAAUUAUGUCAAGUAUGGAAACAUAUCGUUGCAAGUCGAGCACCAGUUCUAACAAAGUGCAACUGUAAUUGUACAUGGUAUUUAACGUGUUUUCAGCUAAACACAGAUAAAUACAGUGAUCUGUGGUUUUUGUACAUUUUUUCCCUGUUCAUCAACAUUUUCUCAUUUCAAUGUUGACAUGAUCACUCUAUCUCUGUACAGGGGAUGCCUGGAACAUAUGUAGUUUGCUGUACAAAAGUCAGAUUUAUCGUUUGGAGUUUAAUUGAUCAAAGAGAUAUGAUAAGUACACCUUGUGUGAUUAAAUUGUGGUAGAAUUACUCCCUCUUGAUCAGGUGUAAUGUCAACUGAUUCAGCAAUUUCAAAUAAUCACAAAAGCAUUAACGAUAAUAAGGCAAUCCGCAUCAUAAAGGUAAUAUUGAGCCUGUAUAUUUAUACUACAUUUCAUUUCAAAUUGAUUUACAGCAAAAUUACAAAGUAUGUUGUUUGAAUUUUACCUGUUUUUUCAAUUUUCAAUUCUAGAUAUUGAAUUUGGUUUAAACAAAAUUUAAAACUAUGAUUUGGCUUCAUUGGAAAACAGAUUUUGAAUUGAGAAGAUAUUUAUUAUAUUUAACCAAUAGAAUUAUAAAGAUAUUGACUGUGAUAGUUGUCUGUCGAUAGAAACUUAUUUUGAGAUGUCCCCCUAGAACAGACGUAUUUCGAGAUGCCCCCUGUACUGUCAUCCAUAGCUCUCAUGGUUAGUCACAUCAGAAAGACAUGUUACUCUAACUCAAUGCUCCUCCGAUAGAUUUCAUAAUACGAGGAAACUAUUUUAUUGAAAUAAAAAUUUAUACACUGUGAUAAA